AUGAGUGCGCGCGAUAGAUACAACCGGGGCGGCCAAUACAACCAGAUACCUGCUGGUGAGGGCCAUGGCACCGAGUACAACCCAUACGGAGGCGGUGGUUCAGGUUACGAGAUGAACUCGUUCCAAGACAACGCCAACCCUUUCCAAGACAGCUCCGAGGUUCGCGCGGAUCCCAAUGCCAUCCUCAACGAGUGCAAGGACAUCGAUCGCGGCAUUGAGCAGGUCGAGUCGAACCUGGACCAGCUCCGCGUGCUCCAGCAACGCACCCUCGACGAUGCCGACAACUCCGCCUCGAGUACUGCUAACCAGCAGCUCGACUCGCUCAGCACCGAAACAAUGGCACUGUACCGGUCCCUGACAGAGCGUGUACGCCAAGUCAAGUCCAAGCCCGAUGCGCAGUCACCCAAGAACAAGCCCCAGGUCAGCCGCGUCGAUCGCCGGCUCAAGGCCGCCAUCCAGCAGUACCAGUCCGUCGAGUCCCAGUUCCGCAAGCGCACCCAGGACCAGAUGGCCCGCCAGUACCGUAUUGUGAAACCUGAUGCGACCGAGGAGCAAAUCCGCCAAGUCGUCGAGGACCCCAACGGUGCCCAGGUUUUCAGCCAGGCCCUGAUGCAGAGCGAUCGCCAAGGACGGGCCCGUGCCGCUCUGAGUGCAGUCCAAGACCGCCACCGUGCUCUCCAGAAGAUCGAGCAGCAGAUGGUCGAGCUCUCCCAACUCUUCCAGGAUAUGGAUACCCUUGUUGUCCAGCAGGAGGAGAUGGUUACAGACAUCGAGCACAAGGCAGAGGACGUUGUGGAGAGCCUGGAACACGGAAACAAGGAGAUUGGUGUCGCUGUCGAGACAGCCCGAGCCACCCGCAGGAAGAAGUUCUGGUGUGCCCUUAUUUGUCUCGCCAUCCUGGUCGUCAUCGCCAUCAUCAUCGUUAUCGUCCUUGCGGUCCAAGGCAAGCUUGGAGGUGGAGGGUCGAAGUCGCAGAAGCGAUCGCUAUUUGAGGAAUUCCCAGACCUGCCUAUCCGCGCACUCCCCAUCAACUCUCGAAUCGUGGGCCGUUCAGUUGUGGAUGACGUCGAUCAGAUCCUUCGCAACCGAGUUCAUUUGCCGCAACUACCGUCGUAA